UAAAAAUUUUGAGCGAAAAGAUGAGGAUCAUUUUUGUGGUUAUAGUUUUAGCUGUAACUCUGAUUUCGGCGGAGUUUCCGGCCUGGACCGAGUUGAAUCUGAAGAUGGCCAACUACUCCCAGAGAUGCAAAGAAUUGAGCCAAGUCGAUCCGGAUUUGAUCACGAAAGCCCACAAUAAUGAAUUUGUCGAGGAUCCGAAAUACAUGCAGUUCUCCUUCUGCAUGACCAAGAGUUUGAACGUAUUCGAUGCCGAAGGGAAUUACAAGGAGAAGAAUUUGCUUACCAAUCUGAUGGAUAAUGCUUACUCGGUCCUGAAGAAGUGCAAAGCUGAGGGCGAAAAAGAGACGGGAAAUGGCAAGAGAUCUUUCAUCUAUUUGAGAUGUUUGUACCAUGGUGUUCUUAACGACGUCAAUUUUACGAUGAAUGCUUUGGAAUAAUGUACGUGCUGUAAUUAUGCGAUGAUAAA